AUGAGGAAACGGUACAUCUUUAUCCUGAAGAAGUCGGUGGUUGCGCUUCAGGACUGGCUGCCUGUUACAAAGUGGUGGUGUAGCUGGGGAAUCACUGAGUUCAUGCGCUGCACUGCAAUGGUGGGACAAAUCACCCUCAAGUCAGUGCUGACUGUUGCUUGUGAACAGACUGAAGUACUGCUUUUUGACCCAAUAUCUUCAAAGCACAUCAAAACUCUCUCUGAAGCUCAUGAAGACUGUGUAAAUAAUAUCAGGUUUCUAGAUAAUCGACUGUUUGCGACUUGUUCUGAUGACACUACAAUAGCACUUUGGGAUUUGAGAAAGCUGAACACAAAAGUGUGCACUUUACAUGGUCACACCAGCUGGGUUAAGAACAUCGAGUAUGAUACCAAUACGAGAUUACUAGUCACAUCAGGGUUUGAUGGAAAUGUGAUCAUCUGGGAUACAAACAGGUGCACAGAAGAUGGAUGUCCCCACAAGAAGUUUUUUCACACCCGUUUUCUUAUGCGAAUGAGGCUGACGCCGGACUGUUCCAAAAUGUUGAUCUCAACCUCCUCUGGAUAUCUUCUGAUUUUGCAUGACCUUGACCUAAACAAAUCUUUAGAGGUUGGCAGCUACCCAAUUUUAAGAGCUAGGAGGACUACAUCAAGUUCAGACAUAACAUCAUCAGGUUCAUCUGGUCCUCGAACUAUUGGUUCACCAUGUCACCAGAAUGAUUCAGGUCCACUGUCUGAGAAACACAUGUCACGGUCCUCCCAGCGAGAAGGUGGAUCACCUAGAAAUAGUUUGGAAGUCUUAACACCAGAGGUUCCUGGAGAAAGAGAUCGAGGCAAUUGCAUUACAUCACUACAGCUACAUCCAAAAGGGUGGGCUACGCUUCUUCGGUGCUCAAGUAAUACAGAUGACCAGGAGUGGACUUGUGUCUAUGAAUUCCAGGAAGGAGCCCCUGUGCGCCCCAUCUCGCCUCGUUGUUCCCUGCGAUUGACUCAUUGCAUUGAAGAAGCCAAUGUGGGCCGGGGUUACAUCAAAGAACUUUGUUUCAGUCCUGAUGGCCGGAUGAUUUCAUCCCCGCAUGCCUUUGGGAUCCGCUUGUUGGGGUUUGAUGCACACUGCAGUGAACUUGUCGACUGUUUGCCCAAAGAAGCCAGUCCUCUGAAAGAAAUCCGUUCCCUCUACUCUCACAAUGACGUGGUACUGACAACCAAGUUUUCUCCAACACACUGUCAGAUUGCCUCGGGGUGCCUUAGCGGACGUGUUUCUCUGUAUCAGCCAAAGUUCUAG